AUGGACAUUAGAAAAUUCUUUAGCUCCAAAGGGCAACAUGUGAUGAAAAAAUGGACCAAUAUGAAAGAUAAUUGGAUGAAAUGUCAUAAAAAAAUGGGUGAAUAUAAAUCUGGCGCUGGAGCACACAAAAUAAGAAAAUACAAUUUUUAUGAUCAAAUGCUAUUCUUAAGCAAAAUUGUAGAACAUCGCAAGACUGAUUCCAGUAUGGAUGAGCAUGUUAAUAGUUCAGGCAUCAAUAAUGAAAAUGCAGAACCGAAUCCAUCAAGAUCACAGAACGGUAAAGCGAGUGAGGCUCCAAAGGCUAAGCAGAAGAAAAAAAAUAAUCAACUUAGUGAGGUUGACAUUAAGUUUAUGAAGUUUAUGGAUGUAACGGCACAGGAGGAGAAAAGCCGCAGUAUGAACUUUUUUAGAGGAAUUUCUGAUUCAGUUGACAAGUUUACUGAUGAAAACAUGAUAGAUUUCCAGUUUCAAGUCAUUUCAAUAAUUAAAAGCAUACAAGAAAGAGAAAAUAACCGAUAUAUAGCAGCACCUAGAAACCAAUGGGAUCAUGGCCAGCAAGGAUAUCAAAGCGGCACAACACCUGCGAAUUCACAGUUUUCAGUGUAUGGGCAUUCCACAGCUGCUCGAUCAGGCUUUGGAAUCAAUGGCCAGGAAUACGAUUUUGGACAUAGCUCUGGUUUAGAGCCCAUCCCCAACCGACCAGAAUCGCAAGCAUCUGCUCAAAGUGCGAAUACAGAAAGUACCUCUGCAAAUUCUCAAGCCAGUACUGAAGGAUUCAUGGCGAGGACUUCUAUAGUUUGCCGCAGAAAAGUCUCAACUGAGCUCACUUGGAUUCAUUCGACGGGCACCUUUGCCGUGCCCCGUGCAAGCUUGCACGUUUUUGUAACCGUACGGCAAAAAAAACGUGUCGUGAACAAGAGGCCUAAGUUUACUUCUAGUACUGAAUAUAUUAACCAAGCAAGUGACAUACAGAUAAAAACGUUGAAGGAGAGAAUAGUGGUUCUGGAAAAGCAGAAUAAAGCAUUCACUGAGCGGGUUGAAAAAAUAGAAGAAAAAACAGCCUUAAAAUAUAAAGAUGUCUUGGCCAAAGUUUUCACUCUGGGGCAGAUAAAAAAAUUAUUGAAUGCAGGAAAAAAAAGAGUCCGUUGGUCACCAGAGGAUAUUGCAACCGCAAUUUCUUUACGUAGUGUCAGUCCAAAAGCAUAUCGUUAUUUGAGAGUAAACAAUUAUCCUUUACCAGCUUUGUCCACCUUAAGAAGCUGGGUUUCCAGCUUUGACGUACAUCAGGGUAUUUUGAAGAGUGUAAUAACAUUAAUGCAAAAGAAGUCUCUUGAUUGUACUGAAGCUGAUAGAAUUUGCGUACUAAGCUUUGACGAAAUGUAUGUUUCGAACAAAAUCGAGAUCGAUAAGAAAACUGAACAGAUCAUCGGACCUCACAGAUGUUGUCAAACUGUUAUGGUGCGUGGUUUACUUUCAAAAUGGAAGCAACCAAUUUACUAUGAAUUUGAUCAGUCGAUGAUGAAAUAUAUUAUUGAAAAAAUAGUAGCUGAACUGUUCCGAGCAAAUUUUAUCGUAGUAGCGAUUACUAGUGACAUGGGCACUGGAAAUACUGGACUGUGGUCUCAGCUGGAAGAAGUUGGAUGUUCGAAAGGACCUCAGUGUGAAGAGGAACAAAUAAUUCAAAACACAUUUGUAGAAGCUCUUUACUUGGAGGAUCAUGUGAUUGAUGAAGACAUGUUAAAACUUGUAGACAAUUAUGAAGUGAAAGAGAAAAUUCACCAUGAUUCUUUAAAGUAUGUUGCUGGUUUUGUUGCAUAUAAAUUCAAGCAUAAAUAUAAUUUAGGGAAUCCUACAAACACCUUUGAGAGAAAUAUAGAACCAGAUUGGCUUCAGACAAUCUCUAGAGGCUCUCUGCUGUAUCCUAACGACGAAUUGUAUGAAGCUACACUGAAACUGGAAUCAACUACAUUAUUGUACAAGAAGAAUAAACCCGACUCACCACCGGAAAAGGAACAAAUAGCUGUUAUUUCACCCCCAAGGCCAACUACCUCUCUCAACAUUUUGGACCUUCGGCCGAAUAUCAAGUUGGAACCUGAACUACCAGUACCAGCGAGAUUCGAGAUUAGCCUUGCAAAGGGGUGCGAUAAUGUAUCUGCCACGGAAUCUUUAGACGAUGGAACCUUGUUCGAACUACGGCAGAAAAUUGAAAGAAUAGACGCGGCAAAUGAGGAAUUUGCAGGAAUACAGUGCCAAAUUGAAUCUUUAGUUCUUGAUGAUGAUCUGGAUGAGCAAAUCGCGGAGCGUGAAGUCGUAGAAAACUAUAUUGAUCGCUAUUUGGGUUUGGCAAAAUCGAUAAUAAACGACAAAUCAGAAGUAAAGUCUGGCAACAGCGCGAAGUCCAUCCCUUCCACUGCGAGCAGUGCGCGUGCCCGAGGAGAGGGGAUCGUUCAAAUCGACGUUCGUUUGCCGAAAAUCGAACUGCCGAAAUACAGCGGCGAUGCCAACUCUUGGGUUGAAUUCCGGGAAAUCUAUAAUUCACUUGGUCAUUGCCCUAGUACUUUAAAAACGUUUGUAGCCAAUCGACUAUCUGAAAUUCAGACAUUGACAGCGGAGCACCAGUGGCGUUACAUUGAAACAAAACAUAACCCCGCGGACGUGUUGUCGAGGGGAGCAUAUCCACAUGAGUUAAGUGACAUGGUCUUAUGGUGGAAUGGGCCAGAUUUUCUAUCUGAAGACGAAUCGAAUUGGCCUGAUGUCAAAUUUAGUGUACCAAAUUUGCCAGAAAUGUCACGUGGAUUAAAAAUUCUUGAAAUGUUGAAUCUGGAUGUACCGAUGGCUGCCAUUUUAUCAGAAAAUAAUACAAACGUUGUUGGAAAUGAAAUUGCUUUCGAAUCCUCUAGUCCUAGUACUAAAUCAGGACAUGACACAACUUUGAACUUAAGACAUUUCUGA